GUAGAAUCUUGCCAAGUGACCUUCGCCAGAUCAUCCGGCCCAGGCGGGCAGAAUGUCAAUAAGCUUAACACAAAGGCAACCCUGAGAGUGCCACGCCACCAGCAAGGUUGGAUACCAUCAAUCAUCCUACAGAGACUUCAUGAAGCUCAUUCGCAGUAUCUAACGAAAGAGGGUGAUUUGCUCAUCUCUUCACAACGCAAUCGAACACAAGAACAGAAUCGCCAAGACGUCUUCCAAAAGCUAGCUUCCGUCUUGGUUGAUGCUGCC